AUGAAGAAAUCGGCGGGCGUAAGAAAUAAAAAGGUUAACAUUGACAUACCUAAUGAUCUUGUCUUUACUAUUUUGUCAAAAUUGUCUAUUAAACCUUUGAAGCGUUUUGAAUGUGUAUGCAAACCAUGGGCCCUUUUGCUUACAAACUCUAUUUUCACGAGAUUGUUCUGUGACAACUUCUUAUAUAAUAACGACUGUUAUUAUCAUGACACAUCUCUCUUUUUGCAUCAUGUUAUGCUUAUUAAUUUCAACCUUAAACUUGUGUUGUAUUCUUAUUCUGAUGAGAGCUAUGAGAAUAUGACACGCUUAAAUUGGCCAAAUCCAUUUCAAGAAGAGGAUCCUGAAUUUGAUAUUUUGGGAUCUGGUAUUAUUAGUGGAGUUCUUUGUCUAAUUAGUUACUGUCAUCCAAGUGUAAAAUUUGUAUUGUGGAACCCGGCUACCGAAGAAUUCAAGGUUAUUCCUAACAACCCUUUUGAUUUCAUACCAAGUAUGAAACAUGAUAUUACUGAACAUGGUUUUAGCUAUGAUUGUGUUAGAGAUGACUAUAAGGUGAUUCGACUAGUAUGUGAUAUAGAAAGUGACUAUGACUCUGAAAUUGUGUCAUCGGGAAAAAUAUAUCACAAUCUCUUUUGGGAGAUAUAUAGCUUACUAAGUAACUCUUGGAAGAAACUUGAACUUUAUAUACACCAUGAAUAUAUAAAUAAAAGAGUGUGUUUGGAUGGAAUGUAUCAUUGGUGGCGUGAAGGCAACUAUAAUGAUGAUAAAGGUAACAGAUUAUAUCUAUUAUCAUUUGAUUAA